UCCACAAGAGGAAGUUGAAGUUGGUUUGAUGGGUUCCAAAGAGAGUUGCAGAAAUGAGCUCCGAAUUGCAGUUCGUCAACUAAGUGAUCGAUGCCUAUACUCUGCUUCCAAAUGGGCAGCAGAACAACUGGUUGGAAUUGAACAAGACCCAGCAAAGUCAACACCUUCUCAUACCAGAUUUCAGCGUGGCAGUUCCAGCAUUCGCCGGAGAUUUCGUACAACUGAGAUCCCUUCCACACCCAUUGCAGGAGUUUCAUAUGUGACUACUCCAGUUCCUGAGGAAGAUUACAUUGUUGAUGGUGACUGUUACCUUCUCGCCAAGUCAUACUUUGAUUGUCGUGAGUAUCGAAGGGCUGCUCAUGCACUUCGAGAUCAGACGGGGAAGAAAGCAAUGUUUUUGCGCUGCUAUGCCCUUUAUCUGGCUGGUGAAAAGCGGAAAGAAGAAGAGAUGAUAGAACUUGAGGGACCUUUAGGAAAGAGUGAUGCUGUAAAUCGUGAACUGGCUUCUCUUGAGAGGGAGUUGUCAACACAUCGCAAAAGUGGCACCAUUGAUCCCUUUGGCCUCUACUUGUAUGGGCUUGUGCUUAAAGAGAAAGGCCGUGACGAUCUUGCACGAACAGUCCUUAUGGAGUCUGUGAACAGCUACCCUUGGAAUUGGAGUGCUUGGUCAGAGCUGCAGUCACUAUGCACCACCAUUGACAUCUUAAACAGCGUCAAUCUCAAGAACCAUUGGAUGAAAGACUUCUUCCUUGCCAGUGCAUACCAAGAACUCAGGAUGCAUGGUGAAUCCUUAUUAAAGUAUGAAUAUCUACAUGGAAUUUUCUGUUUUAGUAACUAUUUACAGGCACAGAUUGCAAAAGUCCAGUACAGUUUGAGGGAAUUUGACCAAGUAGAAGUAAUCUUUGAAGAGCUCCUAAGAAAUGAUCCUUACCGAGUGGAGGACAUGGAUAUGUACUCAAAUGUGCUCUAUGCAAAGGAAUGUUUCUCUGCCUUGAGUUACCUUGCCCACAAGGUAUUCAUGACUGAUAAAUACCGGCCUGAGUCUUGCUGUAUUAUUGGUAAUUAUUACAGUUUGAAGGGGCAACAUGAGAAGUCUGUCAUGUAUUUUAGGAGGGCACUCAAACUGAAUAGAAAUUAUCUAUCGGCUUGGACACUGAUGGGUCAUGAGUAUGUUGAGAUGAAAAAUACCCCAGCUGCCAUUGAUGCCUAUCGACGUGCUGUAGAUAUAAAUCCUUGUGAUUACCGAGCGUGGUAUGGGUUGGGACAAGCGUAUGAGAUGAUGAGUAUGCCCUAUUAUGCACUCUAUUACUUCCGAAAAUCAGUGUAUUUGCAGCCAAAUGAUUCUCGGUUGUGGAUUGCCAUGGCGCAGUGUUAUGAAACUGAACAGCUUCACAUGCUGGAGGAGUCUAUCAAGUGUUACAAAAGAGCAGCAAAUUGUAAUGACAGAGAGGCAAUUGCGUUGCACCAGCUGGCAAAGUUGCAUAAGGAACUUGGGCGUUUAGAAGAGGCAUCAUUUUACUACAAGAAAGAUUUGGAGAGGAUGGAAGCCGAGGAGAGAGAAGGCCCAAAUAUGGUAGAAGCUCUUUUUUUUCUUGCUGGAUAUUUCAAAGAACAGAAGCGAUUUGAGGAAGCAGAAGUUUACUGCAACAGGCUCCUGGAUUACACUGGCCCAGAGAAAGAAACAGCCAAGAGCCUUUUGCGGGGAAUGAGAGCACAAUCUGGUUUGCCUCCGAUGGAUGUUGAACAUUUCCCUCCGUGAUGUUUCCAUUUUUGAGUGUGUUUAUAUCUAAUAUCUGAGGUUAGAAAUUGUGAUAAAAUAUGUCAUUGAUCACAUCAUAGCUUUGAAUAGAUUCUGAAACACAUGCUGUCU